GGAACACGCCCACAACUUCCAGUGUAACACCAGUGGCGGGACCAGAGAGAGAGUCCGACGCGGGUAAUGCAAACUUUUAAUUCUUUGGACAACCGUUAGACGGUAGCAGUUGGUAAUGUACAAAACGGCGACAACAACCGUACAGAGGAAACGCCCACCGCCGGUUAAAAUAUUAUCCGGUCAGCUAAGGACGGCAGAGAGCCGGGGGACAAACGACAUCGGGGAUGGGUGCGUUAUCAGGCUGGGCAGGGGCCGCUUUCUGCUGGUGUCACUGGUGUGGAUGCAGGGAACUGUCCUGGAGGUCCAGCUGGACAGGGACACCGUGCUGCUGAUGGACGAGACGGGAACCUUUGCUGUUCAAGGCGUCAACAACAUCCCCAAAGGGAAGCCGUGUCUGACCCAAGGCAAAUAUGUCAUGGUGAUGGGUGUCAUCCAGGCCGUCUCCCCAGAGCCUGUCAUCCGCGCAGUGAAGAUGGCAGACCUCUCGGAGCUCGCCGCACAUCACAGGCAGAUGUGGAAGCUGGAGGUGGAGGACCUGCAGCAGGUGCUGGCCUGAAUGCAAGACUGUUGGUGCAAACGUCGGCUCGCUGGUGGCAGGAUGACCUGCUCCUGUCAUAUCCAGGCCGACCAUUCUAGUGAUUCUUGACUAAUGGGGAAAAAGAAAAAAAACAACAACAGGACUGCACAGCAGAUUCUGCUUGAUGUCAGGCUUCUGACUGGAAGGUAUUAUGCAGGAGUGACAAAGACUUAGACAUGGGAAAAUGACCUGAUUUUUGCAUACAGCAUUACUUGGCUCCUACUCAAAGAAUCUUAUAGAGAAGAAGUGGAGCUGCAGGCUUCUUAUUACCUCUAUAAAUGAUCUGGUAACACACUGAGAGAAAAGUGACAUCCAGAUAAAGGGGCAUCUUGUAUCAUAGGAAGCGUCUUGUCAGAUUAUACCGCUAGCAUUGUUAUACUUUGGCAUUCAUUUGGCAUAGAUAUAAGAUGUGUAUACAAAUAUUAAAUAAAGAUUAGAAUUUUCAAGGGCUCCACCUACUUUUCUCUACUAAAAACAGAUAUGUAUGCAUACUGUUAGAGGAUUAACAAAUUAAGAUUGUUGUUAAAACCCAUUUUUCAAAAACAAAAUAUUAAACUCCAUCUUGAUUUCAGCAGAAAACCAUUAAAUCCCAUUGCAAAAAUGUUAUCCAAGUUCAUUUCUGCCAGUGACAGACUGUGGUGGAAUGUAACCGAGUGAAUUUAUGUCAAGUACAAUUGAGUUACAUGUACUAUAUUAUGCAUUUCCAUUUCAUUGUACUUUAUACUUACACCUUGGGCUGGGUAUCGCUAAAAAAUGUUUGAUCCGUUCCUUAACGAUACUUUUUUCGAGAGCCCACUUUUGAAAAAUCCAUUUCAACAAAAAUAAAUUACAUUACACAUUAUGGCAAAAUCUUAUUUUUCAGCACCUACGACGUGGGCUCCAUCUCUGCGCAACGUAGUCUUUCGUGCAUGCCUCUACAACGUGUAACAUUAGACAGCCAAUCAGCAGCAUUUUUAGAUCUUGGUAGAAGCAUGCUGUAUUCUUAUUGGCUCACUGACACCGAUUAGAUUUACACCUUAGGUUUUAAAGCAGUAUACAUAUUAUAGAAUAACAGUCACAGAGUACUAUAGAAUGUAAGUAUUUUGCUAAUACCUCAAGGUGUUCAGUACAGGACUUUUACUUGUAAUGAAAUGUGUCCAGUUUGGUGUUACUUCUUUAAAUUACCAAGCAGAUCUGAAUACUUGCCCCACUGGUUACAGAUGUGUAAUUAAUAAAACAGCAGUUUAACACAGA